GAAAAAUUGAAACUUCACUCGUCAACUAUUUGAUUCGAAUAGUAUGUCUCGCUUCACUGAUAAAGUUGCUAUCAUUACUGGUUCAUCCAAUGGAAUUGGUCAGGCAACAGCUCGUCUUCUUGCUUCCGAAGGAGCAAAGGUUACUGUAACUGGAAGAAAUGCUGAGAGACUUGAAGAGACGAAGAAUAUUUUAUUGGGUGCUGGUGUUCCAGAAGGAAAUGUUCUUGUGGUUGUCGGAGAUAUCACCCAAGAAAGUGUUCAAGAAAACCUGAUCAAGUCAACUUUGGAUAAAUUUGGAAAAAUCGAUAUUUUGGUUAAUAAUGCUGGAGCUGGAAUUCCAGAUGCUCAAGGCAAAAGUGGAGUGAAUCAAUCAAUUGACACAUAUCAUAAAACAUUUGAAUUAAACGUGCAAAGUGUAAUUGAAAUGACACAAAAAGCACGCCCACAUCUCGCAAAAACUCAAGGAGAAAUCGUAAAUAUUUCUAGCAUUGGAGCUGGACCAGCUGCUCAAGUAGCAUCUCCAUAUUACUCAAUUGCAAAAGCUGCAUUAGAUCAAUAUACUCGUACAGCUGCUAUCGAUCUUGUUCCUGAAGGGAUUCGAGUUAACUCCGUGAGCCCUGGAGCUGUAUCUACUGGAUUUUCAGCUGUUUCGAGAGGUCUGACAGAGGAAAAAUCAAAAGCUUUCUACGAUUAUCUCGGUGCUCAACGGGAAUGCAUUCCACGUGGAUUUUGUGCAGUACCAGAAGAUAUUGCAAAAGUGAUUGCCUUCCUUGCCGAUCGAAACGCUUCCAAUUAUAUUAUUGGUCAAACAAUUGUUGCCGACGGAGGAACUUCACUCAUUCUCGGAGCUCAUGCUCACGGGGCUAAAAUGAUGCAAGCUGUUUUCAAAGAACUUUGACUUGUUCAACUAAUUGCAAUAUAUUAAAAGUUUAAAUGUUAAUUUUUUGAGUUUCUGAAAAAGAACAUCGUUAUUUAAUUAGCCUGUUUAAAAUCUGCAGGCAGAAUACAA